AUGCCCAAAGAACGCAAUUUUAAUCCCGUGCAAGCUCAACGCAAAGCCGACAAGGCUAAGGCGAUUAAGAAGGGCAAGGCCGAAGUUCAAUCGAGACGCAACGAAAAGCUCGCGCGCCGCAAUCCCGAACGCCUUCAAAAACAAAUCGACGACCUCAAAGCCAUUACAACAGGAGGCGGUAAGCUCUCACGACAUGAAGAACAGGUUCUUGAGGGACUCGAGAAGGAUCUACGUGCUGUAAAAAAGGCACGCGAGGCUCUUGGCGACAAAGCCCCAUCCUUUGGUCGCGGCUUCCACCGGGACGACGAUUUUUCGGGAGGCGUUCUUGGAAAGCGUAGACGGAACGACGAUGAGUUGACCAGCGAUGAAGACGUACCUGAUGAUGUGAAGCGCAUCCCUAUGCCGCGCGAUACACCACCACCGAUUCCCAAAGAAGUAUUGGACAAAUGGUAUGCCAAAAGGCGAGCUCGGCGCCAGGCAGAACAGGCCGAGAACAGAAAAUCAGAAGAGAAGGACGAAAAGUCAGCGACCCCAGCGCCGGAACCCAAGACCGUAUACGAAGCAAAGCCCGUGGUCCGAAACUUGCAAAAGGAGGCGGUAGCUGCGUUUGUACCGACUGCGGUUCGGAUGAAGUUGGACAAAGGCAAAGGCCAAGGUGGUCUGAUGGAACCGGAAGAAGCAGACAGACUUGAGAGGGAAGGCUAUUUGAAAUCGACAGGCACUGCGGAGGAGAUGGAGCCCUCCGGGCCAAAGAAGGUCAUGGUAGAGGAAGCAGAGGACGACGACGUUUGA